GCUCAGUGUCUUUAUCAUAGAACUGAUCGCUUAUUAUCAUUUGUUUUUUUAAUUUUAUCUCCCUCUCGUAAAACCCUAACCCUAAUAUUGACUCUGUAUUCUAACCACUACUUGAAUACUCAUAAAGAAACGCUAUUUCUGUUCAAUUGGCACAAUCUAAACCUCAAGUUUUUCGGCCUCGCACAAGAUUAUUUCUCAUUAGAAUGUCUGCUUCAAGCUGAUGAUCUUUGAUGUUCUAAGAGCAAGUAGAUUCAGUGAAACCUAUCGGCAGGCCUUUGCUCGACCCAUUAUUGUAAUUGGCAGGGUCUGCCUUUUUGGAAUUUUCAGAGCUAUGAGAGAAAUCAAAGUGAAAGGUCCUUCUGGCUUGUCUAAUGUUGCUUCUGAUGGAGAAUCUCAGAUUCAACUAUCUUUGUCAGCAGAUGAAAAGCAGGUGUGCUCAUCCUCAAGUGUGCAAUCUACCCCUGAAAUUGAAAAGAAGUAUGUCCAUCAUGUUUAUGAUGCUAUUGCACCUCAUUUUAGUUCCACUAGGUUUGCCAAGUGGCCAAAAGUUGCAACCUUUCUGAAUUCUUUGCCUUCAGGGUCUCUCAUAUUGGAUGCUGGAUGUGGAAAUGGAAAAUACUUGGGCUUAAAUCCUGAUUGCUACUUUAUAGGAUGUGAUAUAAGCGCACCACUUAUCAAAAUUUGUGCAGAUAGAGGACAUGAAGUUCUGGUUGGAGAUGCAGUAAAUCUUCCCUACAGAACUGGUUUUAGUGAUGCUGCAAUUUCCAUCGCUGUACUACAUCACUUAAGUACAGAGAAUAGGAGGAAGAAGGCAAUUGAAGAAUUAGUCCGAGUUGUCAAAAAGGGUGGACUGGUACUUAUAACUGUUUGGGCUGUAGAACAGGAAGAUGGAUCAUUGGUUGCUAAAUGGACUCCUCUAUCCCAAAAAUAUGUAGAAGAAUGGAUAGGACCUGGUAGUCCUCGUGUUCGAAGCCCUUCAUCCUUCACUUUGGAAAGCAUCCCAGAAACAGAGGAGAAUAAUUCUAAAGAGCUUAUACAAGAUUCCGAGAAGAAUGCAGAUGAGGAAUUUAUGAAAACUAUGGAUUCAAUAUCUCAAACUGAACAUAAUUCAGUUUUUAAAGAUGAAAAAAAUGCAAAAAAUCAGCAGGAAUAUUUUGUUCCUUGGCAUUUACCAUAUCAUCGUGCUGAAGUCAGUGGUGCGUCUGCUUGCGCCCUGGCAAGCGGCCUGGCGAAAAAAGAUGAUAAAAAGGGCGCUGUUGUGUAUAACAGAUACUACCAUGUCUUCAGCGAAGGUGAACUUGAAAGGUUAGUAACUGGCAUGAAAAAUGCAGUAGUAGUUGAUCGAUUUUUUGACAAAUCGAACUGGUGUGUCAUUCUUGAGAAAACUUCGUGAAGGAGUAGCUGCAUAUCAAGGAGAGAUGAUUGUAUUCGCAUAGGAUGGCUGAUUUUUUCUUGUAAAAAAGUUGGUCUAUAUGUUUGGAGCAAGCUACAACAGCCUCGCUGCACUUUUGAUUUUGAUGUAUGUUGUGAAGGAACUUGAUUCGCUAGUGGUGCUGGCAGCGAGGGCAGAAUAAAUUGUUGCUUCUUAGCUUACCAAGGAACUAUAUGCUGUUCCUGUUAAAGCAGAAGCUUUAUGUGAAAGUUUGAGUUGAAUUGGUCAAUUCUGAAUUACAUGUGCACUGUACCAUAUAGUUGUCAAUCAAUUUUUCAUAUGCUGGACCUGCCAGAUGGGGAAGGAGUUCAAUUGGCAGGGUGGUGUCUACUAUCUGGAGAUGGCCUGAUUUUGAUUUUGUUUGGAUACUAGGUACAAUGAUUUGUUAUCCAUCACACAAUUUCAUUACAUCCUUCUUUGUAACAAAUGCAUUCAUUUCUCUA